AUGCCGGACAAAAACCCCUACCACAGCUAUGUGCCCUCAGUCCCGGCUGCCAUAAUUGCGGCGCUGGUGUUUAUUGUACUGAGCAUAGGCCAUACCUACCUGCUGAUCCGAUCGAGGAAAUGGUUCGCCUCUGCAAUCAUCAUUGGUGGUCUUUUUGAGGUUAUCGGUUUCGCCGCACGGGCGUACAAUCAUUCUCAUCUCGACGAGUCGGGUCCAUUCAUUAUACAAACGCUUCUCAUCCUGCUUGCACCGAUCCUCUUCGCUGCUUCCGUCUACAUGUUCCUAGGCCGCCUGAUCAAUGCCGCUGGAGGACAAAAAUACUCCAUCAUCCGCACCACCUGGCUGACGAAGAUCUUUGUUGUCGGCGAUGUGUUGUGCUUCUUGAUCCAGGCGGGUGGUGCUGGAAUUUUGGUCAAUGCCGACACGAAAGAGGAAAACGACAAAGCCUCCAACAUUAUUCUUGCUGGCCUGGCACUCCAAGUGCUCUUCUUCGCGCUCUUCGUCCUGGCAGCCGUUCUCUUUCAUGUGCGGGCCAGAUCCAGGGCACUGUGGCAGCACGCCGCGUCGUCAGGUCUCUAUCUCGGUCGGGUGUUGGCGUCGCUCUAUGCCGUUGGCGUCCUCAUCACUUUACGAAACAUUUACCGCUUUGCCGAAUUUAAGGAAGGCCAGGAUGGGUACCUUCUCGAACAUGAGUGGCCAGUAUAUGCGUUCGACGCGGCUCUGAUGGCCAUAGUCAUGGCCAUCACGCUUUAUUGGUACGGCGUGCCGUUGAAUCCCAAGGGCGGGGAAGAGGGUUAUCAACUGAACGACGAGGACUCGUACAACAACCAGUACCAAACUCCAUAUCAGAACACGUACCCAAACGCGAAUUGA